AAAUUUCUUGUGACUCACUUCCAGUCCGAAGAAACUUUAUAAAACACCUAAAUAAAAUAAACUCAAUUUUACGAAUGGAUAAGUUAGAUUUGAUACCCGAAGUAUUGGACGAGGAACCUAUAAGUGUUCUAAAAGUUAAGUUUCAAGGACGCUUAUUGAAACCUGGCGACGUUUUGAGGCCAAAAACUGUUAAGUUGGUUCCUGAAUUGGAAUGGUUGAAUGAUGAAACAGCCUUAUACACAGUUUGUAUGAUCGACCCUGAUGCCCCAAGUAGGAACGACCACAGGUUCAGAGAGUUCUUGCACUGGUUGGUUAUAAAUGCACCUAUCAAUAGGGUCAAAGGUGGAACAACUGUAGCUGGUUACAUAGGAGCAGGUCCUCCCAAAGGAACAGGAUUGCAUCGUUAUGUCAUUCUGGUUUUUAAACAAAGAGAAAAAAUAAAGGUGGAGGAAGCGAAAAUAUCCAGAUAUAGCGCUUUUGGAAGGGCCAGAUUCUCCAACAAGGCUUUUGCAAGAAAAUACAAUCUAGGACAAGCGGUUGCAGGAAAUAUAUUUUUAUCUGAAUGGGACGAUUAUGUUCCAAAAUUGUACAGAAGGUUGGAGUUUUGUCCUAAUCAUUGAUUUGGUUUUUCAAUCAUUUUCUUAAGGAAUAAAGUGCUAAAUACGUU